AUGCAGGCAUCGAGCAUUGAUGACUUGGAGUAUCGCUUCCAGGCGGCGAUAAACUCCAUUCACAGGAUGACCGCUUUCUGUGAGUCGACCCAAGCCAAGGAGUAUCCUGUGGAGGGAUUGCGCGUGAGACUGGAGGGGCUCCGUGAGUCAUGGAACGAGGUGAAAGAGGUGGAGCGGCUACUGGCCGGUCGUGAAGAUAUUAUCACGAUGGCUUCAGUCGAGCGACGGGUAGCGGAGACAGAGGAGCUCUUCUUCAUGGCCUGUGCUAUGCUGAAGGAGCUCCAGCGAGAGAGAGAUCCCAGUGAGAAGCGAGAGGGGCCAAUGGCCGUACAGGUGUCAUUGCCAUUCGCCCAGCAUGAUGUAAAGAACACGUGGGGCGAGUUUGAUGGCAGCAUCACCAAGUGGCAGGGCUUCAGAGAUAGGUUUGUGGCGGCGAUCCAUAACAAUGAUAAGAUCGCGCCGGCCUACAAGUUCGCCUAUUUAAAAAAAUCCCUCACAGGGAAGGCUGCCCGCGCCUUAGGCGAAUGGCAGCUGACAGAAACAAACUACUGCGAGGCCUGGCAGCGCAUGAACGAAAUAUACACCAGGAAGUAUGCCACCUGCAGGGAGCUCCUGCGCCAGUUUUUUAAGCUGCCCGCUCUGCAGGGUCCAGCCAAGGCCAGCGAGCUGGAGAGAAUGUCCAACGCCAAGCACGAGGCCAUGCGGCAGCUGAAGGCGCAAGGUGUGCCCACUGAAGGUUGGGACAUGAUAAUAGUUCACGUCUUGCACGAAAAGAUGGACGCAGAGACCUCAUGCAAGUGGGAGGAGACCCGCGCUUCCGAAUUCCCGACCUUAAGAGAGGUCUGCGCGUUUUUGGAGAAGCGGGCAAUAGCGAUGGAAAGUGUCCAGGAUUGCCGCCGCCGAGAAGCGUCCAGACCAUCGACUUCCGCGAUGGCGCUUAUGGAAGUAGGAAAAUCAUCGAGGAUCCUAAGAGAAAGGACGAGAGAGAACGCGAAGGGUUGCACGGUGUGUGCAUCGGUGGCUCAUCCGAUCUGGGCAUGUCCGGAGUUUCUAGCCCUUAGCCUGUUAGGCCGAGCAAAUUUUGUAAGGGAGCGCAAGCUGUGCCAGAAUUGCCUCAAGGUGGGCCACCAGGCGAAGGACUGCUUUCAGGGCCCAUGUGCGCGAUGUCCUGGUAAGCAGUUCCACAACAGCGUGCUGUGUCCGAUGCGAGAGAUACGAAAGGCGGGAGCUGUUCACCGAGUCCAGGAGCAGCCGAGGAAAAGAGCCAUAGUUAAGCGAGAGAACGAAAAGCGAAAGGAGGACUGA